AUGAAACUGUUUACUUCCAAGCAACCCGUAUGGUUUUUUAUUGUUGUCAUAUGCAUUGUAAUGAUCAUCAUAUAUGUGAAUGUGGUGCAACCUUCAUCUAACCAGCUGAAUGUUUUCUUCAAUUACACAAGUAAAUAUCGUUAUAUCGCAGUUAUUGUUGAUGAUCGUGCUAGUCAAGCUCUCGUCAAUGUUGUUCAGAAUGUGGUACAAUAUUUACCAACGGAUUGGAAAGUACAAAUUAUAACUCGAGUUCAACAUUGGUCGUUCUACAAUCAAUCGUCUCUUCGUUUAUUAAUCAAGUCAAAUCGUGUUUUUCUCACUCCGCUAGAAGAAUCGAAUAAUGGUUUGUCAAAUGUGGAGUUUAUGAAUUAUAUUUUAACGUCUGCAUCAUUUUGGCAUCAAGUUCAAGGUGACAAAGUUUUGUUUUUCCAAACUGAUUCCGUUCUUUGCUCGAAUUCUCUGUAUAAUUUAACUGAUUUUCUCGAAUACGAUUUCAUCGGUGCGCCUUGGCAUCGAGGUGGUUGUUGCAAUGGUGGACUUUCUCUACGCAAUCGAAUUAAAAUCUUACAAAUGCUUGAAAGUGGCCAUGUUCAAUACAAAUUGCAUAGUGCCAAUGAAGACGAAUGGUUUGCACAGUAUUUACCGUACUUUAAUGGCUAUAUAGCACCGGUUUCCAUAGCCCAACGAUUUUCUGUUGAAACGAUCUUUCAUACUCGACCAUUUGGUGUUCAUAGACCUCGUGUAAGCACGAUUGGCGUUGAAAAUAUGAUUCGUUUAUGUAAUGAGUGUCCGGAAUUGAAUCUGAUCACUCCGGCAUGUCACACAAUGGUAAAUACGAAUAUUUCGUACAUUCAGUAA